UUUGCCAUUUAUGAAGGAGUCAUCUCCAACUCCACCCAAAAUUGCUUCCGACUCCACGACUCCGACUCCACAGCCCUGGUGAUGAGAGGGGUGGUUGUCACAAUCACAUUGCAUUCUUCCCACUUCUUAUUUGUUGAUGCAAAGAGUUUUAGAAUUAGAUUGUUUUAAAAAGUACAGUUAACCAAACACCAGUGGGACAGCUUGCUAGGGUGAAUAGGACAGGUUCUUUAAGUAAAUAUGGGAUUUGAUCAUAGGCGACACAGCUAGAAAUAAACAACUGGACUGACAGGUUUUGAAGCUUGUCCCUGGUAUGAAUGGAAUACUACAAAAAAUAUUUCUGCUUCCAUCCUGACUGGUAUUCUGCCCCUUGGAUUUGCCAUAGCUGCCAUUUCUCAGGCCAGAUGCCAUUGGUGUGAUGGCACACAUUGUUGUCGGCUGCUUAAAGGUACAUCACUUCUGAGGUGCCACUUGUGGAUUAAAUUUCAGUCAUAGAAUCUUGUGAUGUAGUUAAGGCUGUUCAUUAGAGCUCCAGAGAACAUUCAGCCUUAACUGGCGAUAAGGGGAUGCUGCAAUCCCUAUCAAAGCAGUGGAAGCAAAAUUUAGCAACCAUGAGCCUUCCUUAAAAAGCCACAUAUUGGCAAGAGAGGAGAUGAAUUUAAAGAUGAAAGGUAGGCUUUCUUGGAGAAGCCAUUGUAGAUGACACAACUGAAAGAAGUCCUGCCCCUUGCCCCCUGGAGCAAGACCUUAUUUGAUUGGGGUGCAUAGGUGAGAAGGCAAUCCUCAAGACAAGGCGGGACCGAAGAUAGAUAGCGAUCCACUGGUAGCUCAUGGGGUGAUUUGCAGUAGGUCGCCAAUAGUUUUAACAACAGCAAGACAAAAAUUAUCUCGCUGGACCAGCCUUGUGUUCAUCCUCUGUGAUCUGUAAAUGUAAAAUGGAUUAAUUAUAUUAUCUUUGACCAGAAUGGUGUGCAGCUCUGCUGGCCACUUUCUUUGUAAAUAUUUUUAUUGAUUUUGAAAAUAAAGUACAUGUUAACCUCAGAGACAAUUUGCAGACAUUACAAAUCAAAUAGAUAUAACUCUUGUACCGAUUUGAGUAUUCAGUAUAUAUGAGAUAAAAUAUUAACAAUCUCCCCUCCCUCGGCUACCCUCCCUCUAUCCCUCAAGGUGGUAUAACUUUGAAAAUGUAUUAUCAUUCAUAGCUGCUGGAACCUGUAAUAUGUAAGGAUUGUCUGGGUUACCUGUGAAGAGACUUAACAUACAUAUGUUAUUUGUUCCAAAUACUAGCAUAAUGGCACGGUGGGCUUUGAUUGUUCUCUUUCAUAUAAACAUAAGCUUUAAAUGGGAACCAUACAGAAAACAAAUUUGCCUGCUGGCCACUUUAGUGAUUUAUGUUUUACAUUCCUGAUAUGUAGUAACUUAGAGGUAGGUUUGCCCUUGCAUUUGCAGGACAUUUUAGUUUAUGUGCCUCAUAGGAUGCCGGCAGUAAUUGGCUCUCCACCAUGAUCCAUCAUUUUGCUUGGGGUUCUACCUGCAAGUCACCGUGUUUUUGCAUCUGGAUCCAGUUGGUGGAACUUGGCAUUCUCACACAAAAAAAGGCAAAGUAGUUCCUGAAGUCUGCCUAUCUCUGCUUUAAGGUCCCAGGCUAUUUAAGACUUUACAGCAGGGGUGGGGAAACCUGUGGCCCUCCAAAAGUUGUCGAACUCCAACUCCCACCACUUCCUGAUAGCAUGGCCAAUCGUCAGGGAUAGUUGGAGUAGUAGUCUAGCAGCAUCUUGAGAGCCACAGUUUCCCCACUUGUGCUUUUACAUGUAAGAACAGCACCUUGAAUUGAACCUGAACUUCCUAAUGGAUGGGUAGCUGAUGAAGAUCAAAUAAUGCCACAGUAAUAUGCUCAUUCUAGCCAACCUCAGACAACAGUUAACUCCCAUUUAUCUUUAGCUAUAUUGAAAGCACCUCUGUAUGCAAGCCAUGUGUGGUUGUUGUGAAUCUGUAUACCUUGAUGCAAGGGGAAGAUGCAUUGAUUGCUGCUUCCCCAGUGGAUUAUAACAAAAAAGAAACACUCAUAUGUGAUUGUGUACAGAUUCCCCGUGACAGUUUGCAGAUUUUCUUCCCACACUGGAGAAAGGAGAGCAAGUUUGUGAAUCAGACAGAAGGACCCUUGAUUGCUUUACUUAACUCGACUGACUGAAACAAUAACACAUUUAAUGGCUGUACAGUUACCAGCCUCUCUCUUCCUCCCCAGCCCCAGUCUCUUUUGUGCAACAGAAGGGAGGCGGCAAUGCCAAAGUUGCUGAGAUCCCUGCCCAUGUUGUUAAAUCCUUGCAAAGAGCCAGCAACAUGACAAAACACUAUCCUCUGUCAUAAUCUCACAACUGCCACACACACCUUGGCUUAUUUGCAGAAGACUUGGCCAAGCCAAACUCCUCCUUUCUCUCACUUGUUUGUGCAUUAAAGUGACGUGUCCUAGCCCUAGUAAGCAGUCUGCAAGAGGCUGAGGAAUUCAAACCACUUGCUGUCCUGGAUGCGACUCACUUGCUCAUUGUCUGUACCUGCUCAGAGUUGUUAAGGAUGCUGCUGGCAUCUGCUCCAUCGCUAGCCCUUUGGUUGGUGCCAGAAAUUUCUUCCAAUAGGAGAUAAAACACAGAGACGGGAUCCUGUUUCCUGGUGGGUGCCGAUGAUGAAGGCCAAAAGCAAAGGUGCGAAACGUCGACAUGCAAUCAAUGAGGAAGCCUUGUGCCAAGAAACAACCCAGAGCAGGGAAGAGCUUCUGAAAUGUUUACGGCGUAAAGAAAAGAGGAAUAAAGAGAGCCAGAAGACUCCCUCCAGGCCAGCAAAGCUCCCUUGGGGUACCAAAGAUCGGCGUUUGCGGCGGCUGGAAAGCAACGAGCGCGAGCGUCAGCGCAUGCACAAGCUGAAUAACGCCUUCCAGGCCUUGCGGGAAGUCAUUCCUCAUGUCAGGGCAGAGAACAAACUCUCCAAAAUUGAGACCCUCACGUUGGCCAAGAACUAUAUUAAAUCUCUCACCUCGACAAUUCUCAGGAUGUCCAAUGGACACUUCCCUACUGUCGAGGGCUCUGGUUCUGGCGGCAGAUCCAAGCUGUAUGAACACUAUCAGCAGCACUGCGGGGAGGAUGCGGAGCCUGCAGAGCAGCUUCAGAAAUACUCCACCCAGAUCCACAGCUUCAGGCAAGGCAGCUAAAGCGAUGGGUCUUCCUCGGUUGUUUUCUAUUCCUGGGAAAUCCGUGAAACGGUCAAGCAAAGAGAUGUGACUUUUCUCCAGUUCCUUGUGAAAGAUUUAGGAAGGGCUGGUUUUGUGCUCCCUGUUUGUUUGAAAGCAUCUGUGAAUUCACACACCUAACGAUUCUAAGAGUGGACUAUAUUAUGCACAAGUGGGGAUCUGCAACAAAAUGCUGCAGUUUGUCCUUGCCUUCUUACAGGAGGGCUGCUGUUCAGAGCUCCAGCCCCCUCAACAUGUCCUCCUCCAGCAGGUCAUUACACCCUCCACCCCCAUUUUUUCUCUCUCUCUUCGAACUAACAUUCUGUGGCUUUGGGGGCUGCUCAGCUCUCAUUAGGGUGUCAUUUGGAGGAGGUUUGCCCCCCUGUUUUUUAUUAUUAUUAUUUCUGCACACCCUCUGAGCAUGCGGAGACUUCCCUUGCAGUGGUAUGUAUCCUUGAUACCUCUUUGUGGUCUUUGUUUUCGGCAACAUUUUUGCCUGCACUCAGUAACUGAGUUUGCUAUUAGAGUGAUUUCUAAAUGUGUUAGGCACAUCCAGAAAUUUUUGCAUAUAUGUUUGUCUGGUAAACUGUAGCAAUGCCCCAAAGCUUCCUUUACUAUAAGAGAAGCAGCUGCAUUGGGGCAGGAACUGUGUGUAAGAAGACAUUUGAGUGUGCAAUUGUUUUAUCACACUAGGAAGUGCAUAGAAACUGCACUAGAGUACAUACUUUAAAAAUCUAUUUUUCCCAGCGUUGGGUAUAUCCACUCCUUUAUCCCACCCCUCUCCCUUCACCAGGUUUUAGCUUAUUGUUGUGUUUGCUUAGCUUUCAACCCUUUGGGAAACGGAGAUCUCUCAGUAAAUUUAAAAAAUAAAUAAAAUUAAUUUUAAUUUUCCUAUGAGCUCUUUAGUAUUUGAAUACUAUUUGAAAUUUGUUCUGCCAAAAAUGAAAAAAAAAAUUCAGGAUGAAAUAUUGUAACCCACACAUGCCCAGCCCAGGGAGGAGCUAUAAUUUAGUGCAGGUAUGGCCCUCCAAAUGUUGCUAAACUGCACUCCCGUCAUUCUUGGCCAUGCUUGCUGGGACUAAUGGGAGUUGUAGUUCAGCAACAUCUGGAGGGUUAAAGGUUCCUUGUACCUGAGUUAGUGGGUAGAAAACACUUGCUCUGCAUGCAGAACAUUCACUUCCAAUUAAAAAGGGGGUCGAGUAGCACAAAGAUAGAACCCUGGAGAGCUUGUAGACAAUACUAGGUUAGAUGGAUCACUGGACUGAUUCAGCUUAAGGUACUUUCACACAGGAACAUCAAAUCAUAGAAACAUGGAGUUGGAAGGGACCUAGGGAAUGGUCUAGCCCAAUGGAGAAUCUGCACCACAGGAUGCGACUACAGCAUCCUUGAAAGGUAGCCAUCUGAUUGCUGGGAAGGGCUGUGGUUCAGUGACAGAGCAGCUGCUUUGCAUGCAAAAAGCUACAGGUUCAAUCCCUGGAAUUUCCUGGAAGGACUGUGAGAGAACCACAUCUGAAAUCCUGGCGGGCCACUGUCAGUCACUACUGAGCUAGAUGGAACUAUGGUCUGACUCAGUGUCUUGUGGCCGUUUCCUGUGUUCCUGUGUUUAAACGCCACCAAUGAAGAUAAUCCAAUAACCUCAUGAGGCAAUCUGUGCCACUGACAAAUAGCUUUUUAAGAAGCUGCCUGAAAGAAGUCUGACCAUUGGCCCAUGUAGCUCAGCAUGGUCUACAGUCUUCACUGGCUGUCAGCAGCUCUCCAGGGCUUUAACUCAAGGGUGUUUCCCAGCUCUACCUAGAAAUGGCAAAAUCUACACCUGGGACCGUCUGCAUGCAAAGCACGCGCUCUGCCAGAGCUAGAAGCCUUCGCAUGUUAUGCUAAUGAAGUAAAACAGUGGUUCUCAAACUUCCCCAUGGACCACUUGAAAAAUCAUUGAUGGGCUUGGCGAAUGACUGAAUGAUUUUCCUGCCUGUUCUAGCAAUUGUCAUGCGCUGUGCUAGCUGCUGUAUGGUUUUGAAUUGAAUUUUAAUUGCUUCUUUUAUCUUUUUACCUUAUGUUACAGCUUGCAUGCCAUAGAAUUCAAAUGGGAAUAUAAUAUAGGCAAGAAAAGAAGCAAGAAAAAUACAAUGAAAACUAGUUUAGCUAUUUAAUAUGGGCCACCUGAAUGAAGUUUGUGGACCACAUUUUGGGAACCUCUGAAUUGAAACACUGUAGAUCUUAACACUUGGCUUUGUCAUCGUAUUUAUUUGCCCUGGGGUGAAUUUAUAAUGUUUGAAAGGACUUUUGCAUUUACCUGUGUAACGGCACCUAGCACAACUAAGGCCCCUUCUGCACUAGACAUUUAAAGCAGUCACAUAACACUUUAUGAUGGCUUCUCCAAAGAAGCCUGGGAGGUAUAGUUUGUUAAUGGAGCUAAGAGUUGUUAGGAGACCACUAUUCCCCUCACAGAACUACCAUUCCCAGAAUUCCCUGGGAAGACGGAUUGUUAAGCCACUCUGAGAAUUGUAACUCUCAUAACUACAGUUCCCAGGAUUCUUUGAGGAAACCAUGACAGUUUAAAGUGGCAUGAUACUGCUUUAAAUAUAUAGUGCAGAUGGGGCCUUAGUCCUGAAAGUGCGGGAUGCUGCCUUGUUAUAAACUGUAAAUAAUGAUGAUAAACAAUGCCAGCUAGCAUUUUCUUGCAUGUUCCGUGAUCUGGAGAGAAAUAGGGAUUUUUGUACAUUUAACCUCUUUGAUUGAAACAAGAGAGUGAUUGAUUAAACUAAUUCUGAGCCAAUAUGAUUUUU